AUGCUCAGCUACCUCACCCACCGUAGAAAUUGCAAGGAAAAGCAGGCCUCCCGUGCAUCUGCAAUUGCCUCGCUCCCAGCAGUCUAUCACGAACCCCUCACACUCCCUGACAUUACAAUCCUCACCACCCCCGUCUCCAUCACCUCCUCCCUCGUCCGAAAAGGCGACUGGAAACCUAUCGAGAUCCUGCACGCCUACGGCAAGCGUACACUGCAAGCCCAUGCCCAGACAAACUGCAUAACGGAGGUCCUGAUCCCCAAGGCGGAGGAGUGGCUAGCCCACUCCACAGCCAGUGGCAGGGAUACUGACGCCGGCGUAAACCUCAGUGGCCCGCUCGCCGGUAUUCCAGUCAGUCUUAAGGACACUGCAAACGUCGCGGGAUACGAUAGCUGUAUUGGCUACAGCAAGUACACGAAACGUCCUGCGAGGGAGGACGCGCCGUUGAUUAGGCUGCUGAGGGAUGCGGGUGCGGUUCCGUUUGUGAAGACGAAUAUACCAAUCACGCUGCUCUCGUUCGAGAGCACGAACCCCGUCUUUGGGCGUGCUUCAAACCCGCACAAUGCACGCUACUCCCCCGGCGGUAGCACCGGUGGUGAAGCCGCCCUCCUCGCUUUCGGCGGAAGCCGCAUCGGCGUCGGCACCGACGUCGCCGGGAGUGUCCGUGUGCCCGCCCACUACUGCGGGAUCUACGCUCUGCGCUGCUCGACCGGCCGCUUCCCACGCUCGGGCUGCAUGAGCGCCAUGGCCGGCCAGGAGGGCGUCCCAGCCGUCUACUCGCCCAUGGCAAAGACAAUGCCCGACCUGAGCUACUUCCUCGGCGCCGUGAUCGGCAUGGAGCCGUGGAAGUACGACCACACCGUGCACCCGCUCCCCUGGCAACCCUUCCUCCCCGACCGCCCCAUGCGCUGGGGCGUCAUGCGCAGCGACGACGUCGUCCCGCCCUCCCCCGCCUGCGCGCGCGCCCUCGAAACCGCCAUCGCAGCACUAAAAUCCCAAGGCGAGCAAAUCACCGAACUCGACAACGUACCCAACAACCUCACCUCCCUCCGCGUCGCCGCACACCUCCUCAACGCCGACGGCGGCACCACAUACACCUCCCACUUCACCUCAGCCUUCGAAGCCAACGACCCGGGUGUCGCGCAGAUGCGCUUCUACUUCCGCCUCCCGCGCCUCGUCAAGCGGCUCUACUGCGCAUACGUGCGCUACAUCCGGCGCGACGCAAAGUGGGCCGACUGCCUGAGCGGCUGGCACGCGCGCAGCGCCGAGGAGCAGUGGAAGCUGGUGAUUGAGCGGGAGAACAUCAAGAAGGCGUGGUUCGACUACUGGGAGGAGCAGGAUCUGGACUUUGUACUCACUGUGCCGAAUGCGCUGCCGGCGGUGCCGGAGGGCGGGAUGAAGCGCGGGUUUGCGAGUUGUGGGUAUACGUUUUUGUGGAAUCUUGUCGACUACGCAUCCGGCGUCCUCCCCGUGACGAAAGUCGACGCCGUCAAGGACGCCCUUCCAAGCGGGUUCUUGAAGAGCCUCGAUAACCAGAUUGCAAAGAACGCAUUUGUAGACUACGACGCAACGGCCAUGGCGGGGCUGCCGGUCGGGAUACAGGUUGUGACUAAGCGGCUGGAGGAGGAGAAGUGUUUGUGGGGCAUGCAGAGGGUUGUGGAGUGUCUGGGGAUGGUGGGGGAUGCGUAUCAGGAGAUUGAGGUUAAGGUAGGCUAG